AAGUGUGUGUGGUUUACAAGUAUAGGUCAGUUGUUGUCUUCAGGGUCAUUUUUAUCUAAAAUGUCAAAAUUUUGUGUGUAGCCUUCCGUGCAUGGCUUCACAUCUACUCCCUUCUCUGUAUAUUCAGUUCACCCUCAUCCUGACCUUCCCAUGCAUUUGAGCCACAUGCUCUAAGGUCGUGGUCACUAGCCCCACCUGGCCAUGAGUGAUCAUUCGGACCGGGAUGCUCAUUGGCUAAGUCUUAUAGGGUUUUGUUUUGCAGCUCAUGUGUUCGAGACUCUUCUCACUCGCCAUGGCCACCAGAAGAUCGUAAUGUGUCCGCGCAGAGGUGGAACUAAAAUAGCAGACGGAAUGUACAGCUACAUUUUAGCAGGGCCGGCACAGGGCGUACGGCGUCAAGUAGGAUACAUUCCGCCGGUUGAAAACCGAAGUGCCCACGCACGGCUACUGGUGUUAGUGUGGGACUGCGACAACGGCUCAUUAAACAGUAUUCUACAAGGUUUAUGGGACCGAGCCUGGGCACGAGUCGUUGUGGCUAUUGACAAUGGAGACAACAUAUUAGCACUCUUCACAAUGGCACCGUACCUAAGAAACGAUGGCCUUUGUGGACAAAGUGGCGUAAACACUGUGUUUCUCGGAAAUGUGAGCGUGGACGGGAAGAUCGGACUCUCUCAGCAUGAAGAGAGCUUGUUUAACGACGUUGUACCGAGGUUCGUUGGCUGAGUGGCUGAGAGAUAACAAAGCCAACUUCUUCACUGACCGACUGAGUUUCAUUGGAAUUGUAUUUCUGUUUGCUUGUUUAUUGUCUUUCCGCACGAUGUGACUUGAAAUUUUCAGGGACGUUUGUACCAUUAAAUGACAGAAUUUAAAAAUAAACAUCGUAGCCCAAAAAUUGUAGAAUUUUAAAGGCCAAAAUGCUGUCCUCAAUGUCUCACAAUAUUUGCCCUAAAGUGAAGUU